UCUGUAUAUAUAUCUACACCUGGCAUGUGCUCCAAAACGAACUUCGGAGUUGUUCGGCAGUUCCUAUUCAACAUUGAGAUAAAAAGAAUUUGUAUAUAAAUAAUAAAGGAACAAAUUAAUGUCUUUAGUACUUGUUAAAUAGAAAAUCGGCUGAUUGUUUUUAGUUGUUCAAAUAAUCGGAGAUAUAAUUUUAUAACAGUAUUUUUCUACUGGAGCAUGUAAAAUGUCAGGCAUUACUGAUGUAUCAAAUAAGGAUCUGUACAAAAUUCUAGACUGUACGGUGGAGUCUUCGCCAGAAGAAUUGAAACAAGCGUACCACAGAAAAAUUUUAGAAUCUCAUCCAGACAAAAGUACAGAUCCACCUAAAAGUACAGAAACAUUUCACGAUGUCAAGCUAGCCUGGAAAAUUUUAGGAAAUCCAGUCUUGAAAAAAGAAUAUGAUAUAAAGUGCAGACAAGCUGAUCUAGAAGCUCAAGGAGCACUUAUCUAUGCCAGAGUCAGUCCUGCAGAAUUGGAGGAAACAGAGGAUGGAGAUAUCUUAUCCUAUCAAUGUAGAUGUGGUAAUAGUUACUUAGUGCAAAAGUCUGAUCUGGAAGAAAAGAACUGUGUUAUACACGUGCCUUGUCAAGACUGUACAUUUUCCAUAGCUAUAGAAACGUGACAGUGAAAUAAAUUAAUAUUACCUUAAAUAGACUCCAUAUAUUAUGUAUUUUUAUUUAUAAAAACCCCAUGAUCUUAAAAUAAAAAGAUGUACGUUCAAUAAGGAUACUGAAUACAGGUGGACAUGUUUUAUGAAAAUAAUAAAAUAUGUUUAAAAUGCAGCAACAUUUUCUAUUUCUUUAAUUUCUUAUAAAAAAUGAUACAACAGAUAACACAUUCUUAUAAUAUAAACUAUUGAGCAAUAUACAAAUAAAAUACGGCCUGCAAGAUCUGGGCCCAAUAACAGUCAACGCUCUCAAAGUAGGUACUACAACAUCCCUUCAAGAAUUUACAUGUUAACAAGUUCGUUUUUAUGUUUUGUCUUAUGAUAAAAGUAAAGUUUGAUAUCAAGCUCAUAAGGUAUCUUAUACUAAAAAAAACUUCGUCCGUUAAUCAGAGGAAGCAAUGAGUAUAUUCGUACAGUUAAAGUCUUGCUACUUCAUCCAGUA